AUGAACGUCGUGUUGUUUAUCUACAGCUGCACGCUGCUUGCAACAGUGGCAGCAGCGAUACCGAAGGAGCCGUUCCCCUUUUUGUUGACGUAUGGAGGAGGUGCGCUGCGUCAUCAAGGAGAAAGGAGGCGAUUCGGACGGAGUGCUCUUCCACCAGAUUCCCCCUAUAAAUGGGACAAGUACCAGGAUGAAAGCGGAAACUAUGUCAUACCUUAUGUGAUUUCAGGGGACUACAGUCCUGAAGAGAAGAAGGAGAUCUUUGCUGCGAUGGAAAAAAUCAGCAAAAACACCUGUGUUGCCUUCAGGAGCAGAUCAGCGGAAGAGGACUACGUUGAAAUUGCGAACAUAAAGUAUGAAGGAUGUAGUGCUUAUGUUGGUCGAUUCGGAGGGGUGAGCUUGUUGAGGCUGGAGAAUGGCAAAUAUGGGUGUAUGGGCAAGAGAACCAUUAUGCAAAUGCUUUUGCACACUGUUGGUCUGUACCAUGAGCAUAGACGUCCGGACAGGGACAACUUUAUCAAGGUGCACAAAGAAAACGCGAUUCAAGAUCUAAGCACCCAUUUCCAAUUUGCAAAGUUGGACCCUGCUGACGUAAGUACCUACAAUCUUCCAUACGACUACACUUCAAUAAUGCACGUUGGAAAAGAUCACUAUGCAGAGUCUGGGAAGACCACCAUAGAAACACUGGAUCCCGCAUUCCAGGAUGUGAUCGGAACGCUAACGGAGCCAUCGAUGUACGACUACAUGAAGAGUGGAGCAGCAGCGUUCCUGCAUGUCCAAACACCGGAUUUGCACAUAUACUAUUCAGAAGAAUUCACUCCAACGAGUACAGAAGGUAGGAAGCAGGAAGUGCAGGAUGUGGAGUAUGUGGAGGAUGUAUAG